AUGGCGUCGCGCAAUGGAAACAAAACGACUGCUUUGAGGCGUCUGAUGACUGAGUACAAGCAGUUGACUGCAAACGGGUCGCCUGAUGGAAUGUUCACCGCAGGCCCAAUAUCCGAGGAAGACCUUUUUGCAUGGGAAGCACUUAUCUGCGGGCCUAAAGAUACGCCUUUCGAGGGUGGUGUUUUUGCUGCAAAAUUAACCUUCCCCGAUGACUAUCCAUUAUCUCCGUUCAAAAUGAAAUUCGAACCACCAUUAUUUCAUCCCAAUGUUUACCCCGAUGGUACUGUGUGCAUAUCUAUAUUACACGCGCCAGGUGACGAUCCCACGCACUACGAACAGGCCUCGGAGCGCUGGAGCCCAGUGCAGAGUGUCGAGAAAGUAAUACUGAGCGUGAUAUCGAUGCUAGCAGAACCGAACUUGGAGAGUGGUGCGAAUAUCGACUGCUGCAAGCUGUAUCGAGAUAAUUAUCCCGAAUAUAUUCGGCUUGUUAAGGCUUCGAUACAUGAACAGCUCGGGCUAUAA